ACUUUCUCUGUCGCUGUCAACACUUUGUGUUUCGGCUCGCAGUGGAGGCUUUUUGCGUGGAGCGCAAGCCUGAGCAGUAGUAAAUUGCAAUCUGUUGUGUCAGAAGGGCUAGCGUGGCCUCGAAGUGCUUGUGCUUGUAGAAGUUGGAAUCGUCUAGCCAGGCUAUUCGCCGUCAUGGCCCACGCUCGCCUGAGAAGUCCAAGGUCGUCCUGGGCAAGGAACGCCAUGCAGGUCUUUGAAGUGGUAUUGUGGAUGUCGGUGACCGGUGUGCUUGUCCCAGUUAGCGAAUCCAGCACCUGUACACAAUCGCCAAACAAAUACAAUUGCAAGAGCCUUAAUCUCAAUGCUAUUCCUCAAGAUGCAGGUAGUGAUCUAAAGUUUCUGAAUGUCGAACACAACUUGAUAAGCAACAUUGGGGAAGGAGACUUUUCAUCAUAUCCUCAAUUGGAAGAACUGAAUCUCAAGGAGAACUCGCUUACUGAGCUUGGUGAAACCGCGUUUGGCAGCAUCGACAACCUUCUAACGCUGUGA